AUUCCAACGAGCCAAGAAUUGUUGGAAUCGGAGCACAUAUGAAGACGUUACGAAGAAAUGUUUGAUGGAUUUGUUACAACUCAUUGGAAGUCCUUGUCAGCUGCUACACCAAAGUUGGAGAGCCCUAUAACGAGGAGGGACCAGCAUGUGUGGGACUUUUGUCCCCACCCUGCAGCUGCAGCAUUUGGGGUUUGGAGGCCAACCUGGUACAGUGUGAAUUUUAUGUGCUUGGAUUGUGCAUGACAUCGAGCACAUUCCAACGAGCCAAGAAUUGUUGGAAUCGGAGCACAUAUGAAGAAGUUACGAAGAAAUGUUUGAUGGAUAUAGGCAUCACAUCAUGCAUCUGCUACCGGAAAUUGAUUGUGGGCCCAAGGCAUGGGCAGUGCUCAAGGACCUGCACGCUCCGACAUCGGUUGCCGCUUCUCUCAUGCUGGAUCGGGAGCUGUCCAUGCUGCGGUUGAGCGAGAAUGAACCUGUGCAGCCCGUACUGGACAAGAUGAGGGAACUCUACGCGAAAUUGGCGAUUGCAGGCAUCACGUACCCUGAGCAGACUAAGUAUCCCUGCACUGAUAUGGGAAUCAACAAAGAAGGAGUUGGGAGCAGUAAAGGCGGGAUCUGGAGUCCAGGGGGAGUGCAAUGCAGUUAGUGCUGCAGGAGUGACGGUUUCUGCAAGUGGCGCAUGUCCCUAAACCGUACAGGACAAAGCUUGGAGCAUCUGCACUGUGGUGUGUGCACCUUGGACUUGCGGCAGAGAGCAAGGGGUGGCUACUCUGGGAGCCCUCGAAGAAUCCGGGCCUCAACGGGGGAAGUGGCUCGUUUCAAGAGAUGCAGAGUACAACAGCGAGAUGGAGAAUCACACAUGGGACCUGGUGUACUUGCCAAAUGGGAAGAAGUCAAUACAGUGCAAGUGGCUGGCAAAAAUCAAGACGGAUGAGAAAG